CCACCAACCUGUGUGCAUACUUCUGUAAUCAAGGACCCCACCCACCUACCCCCCUCUGCCAGUCCUACCCAACAACAUUACACACUCCUUCUUACCCCUCGCUGUUUAAACCCUUUCUCACUCAGUAUUGAUUCUUGAAGAGCUGCAAAUCUUUUAGUUCAUAGUUGUGCAUAAUUUUUAUGAGCGAGCUGUUUCCUGAUCAUCUGAGUACACAACAAUGGGUAGGGGAAGCAAGGUCUACACUUUAGCCCAGGUCUCCCAGCACAACAACGCCAAGGACUGUUGGCUCAUCAUCGACGGCAAGGUAUAUGAUGUGACAAAAUUUUUGGAAGAUCAUCCUGGUGGUGAUGAAGUGUUGUUGUCUUCUACUGGAAAGGAUGCUACUGAUGACUUUGAGGAUGUUGGGCACAGUAGCAGUGCGCGGGCUAUGAUGGACGAGUACUAUGUUGGCGACAUUGAUUCGUCAACAAUCCCGAGCAAGACCAAGUACACUCCUCCCAAGCAGCCACACUACAACCAGGACAAAACAUCAGAUUUCAUCGUCAAGCUCCUGCAGUUCUUAGUUCCUUUGAUUAUUUUGGGCGUGGCUGUUGGUGUCCGCUUCUACACAAAACAGUCGGCUUAAGCACUGAGGGCCUAUGUAUCUAAAAUAAGACUCCUUUAAUUUCCAUCCCCAUUCAAAAAAUAACGUUAGUAGGAACGUAGAAUGAACUUUUUUGUUUGUGCUAUUGAAGGAAGACAUGCUUGAUGUUCUGUGAUUUCUUUCACAUUGUGAUAGCCAAUCUGUCUGUGUUGACUGUUAUGCUAUUGAACCAUCAUUUUCUCUAAGCCAACUUAUAAAUAUUUUUACUAGCUUCUUCAAAGCCUGUGGCCUUUGCUGCUAUUUGUACUCAUAUAUUGAAUUUAAAAUUUGGUUAUAAAAAUUUA